UGGGGCAAUAGGCAUGGAUAAAUCGCUCAAGGUGGAUAAAGGUCGUUAACCUACGGUGUUUGUGAGCACCCACGGGUUCUGCUCUGCCUCCAAGAAUUCAUCCAGAUCUUGCUUGAAAACAGAAAGACUUCAGAUCUCCCUUCAAGGCAUUGCAGUGGGUUUUUGGAGCUGCAUCUCCCGACGCUGGUGGGGCAUUUGGUGUAGCUGGAGCUCCCAGCAUGAUGUCCCAGUCCUCACUGGGAGGUGAAGCCUUUGUGCGACGGCAGGAGGUGAGGAGGGAUCAGGAGACGUACAAUGGUCCAAGACCAGAGGCUCAGCACCCCAAGACUCAGCAAAAGUGGGGGGACGUGGAGGGGCCAUGGGUGCUGCAGGUGUCCUGGGCUGGAUGCUACCCAUGCUGCUGCUGCUGCUGCUGCGCGCCGUGCCCCGGGCUGCAGGCGCCAAUCCCUGCAGCCCCAAUUACUUUGGCCCCAGUGCCUUGGUUUGCGUCUGCAACGCCACGUACUGCGACACGCUGGACCCCGUGGUCUUACCGCCCGUGGGCAGCUUCAUCAAGGCCGCUGCUGACAGUCAACGUUUCUGUGCUGUACCAACACGUGAAAGGCUUCGGUGGGUCCCUCUCUGAUGCUGCUGCUCUGAACAUCCUGGCUCUGUCACAACCAGCUCAGGACAACCUGCUGCGCUCCUACUUCUCUGAGAGUGGAAUCGAGUACAACCUCAUUCGGCUCCCCAUGGCUUCCACCGACUUCUCCGUGCGCCCCUACAGCUACGACGAUGUCCCCAACGACUACGACUUGAAGCACUUCAAGCUGGCGGAGGAGGAUGUGAAGAUGAAGAUCCCCAUCCUGCACCGAGUCUCAGCUAUGACCAAGCGGCCGCUGUCGCUCUACGCCAGCCCCUGGACGGCCCCAGCCUGGCUGAAGAGCAACGAGGAUGUCUGUGGGAAAGGGACACUGAAGGGGCAGGCAGGGGACAAGUACCACAAGACCUGGGCCAACUACUUCAUCAAGUUUCUGGAUGAAUAUGCCAAACACAACGUGACCUUCUGGGCAGUGACGGUUCAGAACGAGCCCCUCGCGGCGCUCCUCACACCUCCCGUGUUCCCCACCAUCGUUUUCACGGCUGCGCAGCAGCGGGAUUUCAUCGUCUGUGACCUGGGCCCCGCGCUCACCCGCAGCUCCCACCGCACCCAGCUCAUCAUCCUGGACGACCAGCGCAUCCAUCUCCCGCUCUGGGCCAAAGUGGUGCUGGGCAAUGCCACUGCCGCCCGCUACACCGCCGGCGUGGGGAUCCACUGGUACCUGGACAGCCUCGUCCCCGCCAAACGCAGCCUGGGGGCCACCCACAAGCUCUUCCCCAACCAUUUUCUCCUCUACACGGAGGCCUGCAGCGGCUUCCUCAACCUCCGUUUCUCCGUCUCCCUGGGCUGCUGGGAGCGAGGGAACCACUACAGCCACAGCAUCCUGACGGUCCUGAACAACUUUGUGACCGGCUGGACUGACUGGAACCUUGCCCUGGACCUGCAAGGUGGCCCCAACUGGGUCAAGAACUAUGUAGACAGCCCCAUCAUCGUGGACAGCAAGAAAGACAUCUUCUACAAGCAGCCCAUGUUCUACCACAUGGGCCACUUCAGCAAGUUCAUCCCUGAGGGCUCUCGUCGUGUGGGGCUGCGCUGCAGCCGCCAAUGCCUCGCCAGUCACCUGGAGCACGUGGCCAUCCUACGCCCCGACGGAGCCCUUGUCCUGGUGGUCCUCAACAGGUCUUGCCAGGAUUUGCCGUUUGGGAUCCGGGACCCUGCUGUUGGUUUCAUCGAGACUGUGGCUCCAGCCAACUCCAUCCAGACCUACUUGUGGCGCUGGAAGUGAUGGCGAGGGCAGGGAUGGGGACGGCACAGUGGAGAUGGGGGAUCUCCGGCAGUCAAUUCCUCUCCUGCCCUUUCCAGCAUCCUUCCAUAAUGGAAGGGGGUGGUGACCCACUGCUGGGAGUAUGGAAUGGACCAGGGGUUGCCUGUGGCCCCGGCACUGGGGGUCUCCCAACCUCCUCUCUCCCUCCCAAGCGCCCUCAGCCCCUUGAAGGCUUCUGCUGCGCCGUCUCCUGGACCACGCUUCCACACGUGGCUCCCUCGAAACCUUCACAUAUGUCUCGAGCGCCAAGUAAAGCCGUGACGCGCUCCCUCCGGUAUGCACCAUCCCUGUCAGUGUUUCCUCUACGCUCUCGGAAAUGGCUCGGUUUUCCUUGGAGAGGCAGCGAAGGGCGAGGGGUGCCCCGGAGGGCUCCCUCCCUGUGGUCCGCAUGUGGCGGUCUUGUUUAUCGCUGCAGCUGGAGCAAGCUCAGCCGCUUGCCAGCUCUUGAUUCCUUUCAGAUGUGCCCUUGGUUUUCCCUAGUUUGCUUCUUUCUUUUUUAACCAAAAUGUCUCAUUGCACCAGGGCAGAGACUGUAGAAAAAAGCCGAGUAAAUGAUAUCAGUGUCCCCAUCCACCAGACCUUGCGGAUGAGUUGGGUUGAU